CAAUCGAUAACUACGAUCCAGCCCAGUUUCGCCUCUUAGAUAAACCCUCGGUCGUGUCUGGGUCGCACUAUACUUCAGCCUGUUGAGUCGACGUCCGCGGAUCAGAAUAAACUCAGAAAAGCGGCUCGUGUUAAGUAAAGGUCUGUUAGUGAUGAUCGGGGGGGAAGUUUCGGGUUAAAGGAGGAAGGCCUUGCUUCGCCUUGCCUCACCUUUCCUCCUCCUCUGGAGAGCGGCCCCACCGCUCUCCCAGCAUCAACCCAAAGAGGGGGAACCGCCGCCUCCCUCCGCUGCCAGACGCGCCUCCUCGCGUGCGUCCGUCGGUCGGUCGGGCUCGCAUCAUCCUGUCGGUCUCCACCCCUUCGCUCCAUCAUCACACACGGACCGAAGCCAACGGGAGCUGACGGAGCAAGAGUGAUUUACCGGCAGAACGGGGAGCCAUGAAGGACCGCAUGCAAGAACUUAGACACGGGAAGGAGACGGCCGAGGAGGAGGACGAGGUCGCUGUGGGGAUGGACAAAGGCUUCAUGGACGAAUUCUUCGAACAGGUGGAGGAGAUCCGGGGCUACAUCGAGUCCCUGGCAGAGAAAGUGGAGGAGGUGAAGAGGAAGCACAGCGCCAUCCUCGCGUCACCGAACCCCGACGAGAAAACUAAAGCUGAGCUGGAGGAUCUCAUGGCAGACAUCAAGAAGUUGGCCAACAAAGUGCGCGCCAAAUUAAAGAGUAUCCAGCAAACCAUUGAACAGGAAGAAGGACAGAACAGGUCAUCUGCUGAUCUGAGGAUACGGAAAACACAGCACUCCACACUGUCCCGUAAGUUUGUGGAGGUGAUGUCAGAAUACAACACCACGCAGUCAGACUACAGGGAGCGCUGCAAGGGCCGCAUCCAGAGGCAGCUGGAGAUCACUGGGAGAAACACGACAAACGAGGAGCUGGAGAGCAUGUUGGAGAGCGACAACCCAGCGAUCUUCACGUCCGGGAUCAUCAUGGACAACAUCACUCAGCAGGCGAUGAAUGAGAUCGAGACGAGGCACAAUGAGAUCAUCAAGCUGGAGAACAGCAUCAGAGAGCUCCACGACAUGUUCAUGGACAUGGCCAUGCUGGUGGAGAGCCAGGGGGAAAUGAUAGACCGCAUAGAGUACAAUGUGGAGCACUCGGUAGACUACGUGGAGAGGGCGGUGUCAGACACUAAGAAGGCGGUUAAGUACCAGAGUAAAGCUCGGAGGGUGAGUGACACGUACAGCGAACCCAUGCACGUGCACAAACGCGCUCCCGCUUCCUGUACGACUGUGGCGGAUCAGGUGUGAAGCGACGCACGGACUGUACAGUGAUUGUCGUCGGCGCGUGCAUGCUCGAGUGCAAGACGUGUGUUGUGAGUGGAUGUUGUGGGGCAGCGAUUGCCAGCAGUAAUCCUGCCGUUACCGUGGCGCCCGCAGGGAUCGUGGGCUGAUGGGGAGGUGAUUAAGGAAGUCUCGAUCCUCAGUGACAGACUGUCCGCUCAGCUUCAGCGUGAACUUCAUUGAUAUUUAUCGGAAUUAAAUGUGAAGCACAAGCCUUUGCCAGCUGCUCAGUGCAGUGGUUUAAUCACUGUGGUCCCUGGGUUUAGCACUCUGCCGUAAGGAACCACUUGGACUCGGGGCCCUCCUUUUGGUAAAUGGAACAACACUGCCACCUGCUGGUUAAAACCUGCAUCAGGACAAGUAGAGAGUUGGAGUUUCACUGAGCUAAUGUGAUUAUUUCCCCAUUUACCAAAGCUUCUUCUUAUCUUCCUCUGCAUCCUUCUGUCUCUGCUUCUCACUGGUUCUCUAAAAUCCAUCUCCAAAUAAAUGAGGCAUUAUCUAAAUCGCAUCCUCUUUGUCUCCCCUCACGCAGAAAGUGAUGCUGGUAGGAGGUUGUGUUGCAGUGUGUCUCACCAUCCUCAUUAUUUCCCUCGCAGUUGGACUCAGUUAGGACCAGAACGUGGCAUCAACCACCAGCGCCUCACGCGCUGUUUAUUCAGCUCUGUGGGGUAUAGAGUCGCUCACUGGGUAUAAACUGGGGCCACUGGUUAAUGUCACUGGUGUGAAAGCAGUGAACUAAAUGUCCAGCGACAGUAAAAACCAGCUUGUGCUUUGAGUCUGUUGUAGUCAUGAUUCACACACCUCUGUCAUGUGCAUGUUCUGCAGUCUGUGCAGAUGCUUUGCAUGUUUUUUUGCAGCAGACUGGGACCGAUCCCCAAACGUUUCCUAAACUGUUGAAUCUUGUUGUUGUUGUUACUAAAUCGCUUGCUUUAAAGCCACUGUGUGGAUGUUUACACCCUCCUGGCGCAUCCUGUGUGUGCUACACCCGCUGUGAGCAUGUUAUAAACCCACUGUAGUGGCUUUAAGGCAUAUUUGAAUUCAUUUUGCUGUGAACAAAAAGCAGGAACAGACGCUGUAAAGCGUUACAGCCGUAUGUGGAAAGUCUCCAAAAGCAGAAUUACACUCCGGCAACAUAUGGAACUGCUCCACGUCCACAUGCUUCACUGUUGAACUGCAUUUUGUUCCGAUCAUUCAAAAUGUUCUGCCGUGUGUUGGGCGAAGUAACACGUUUUCCUCUGCUCCCCCUUUGCUGCUGCGGACGACCGUCAAACUCGCUGCAGAAGAAAAUCAUGAUUCUUAUAUGCUGCGUGGUCCUGGGAGUCGUCAUUGCUUCCAUCGUGGGCGGCGUGCUGGCCUGAACCCCGGCCGCUCCGGCGCCGAGGGGGGGACGCGCCGACGCGCACCGUCACACGUGCGACCGCUCACGUUCAGCCCGCUACGCGUCGGGCCCCGCGCGGCCACCGCGCACGCGCGGCGUGCGGGGCCGGGCGCGCUCCCGCAUGAGUCGCUGUUUCUGUAAACGUGUGGUGCUGCAAAAUGUUUAACUGAGUGUUGAGUAUCGUCAGCGACAUGAUGUUUUCCAAAAAGUGAAACGUUGAAUGGAACCGUUACUAAAUGGUGUGUAACGCUGUACUAAUACAUUCCAACUUCCAAGCGGCCGUGUCCACUUUGUGUUGUACAGGUUUCAUCAGCUUUAUAUUUACUGGACUUUGGCUUCUUUCUCCCCCUGACGUCCUCGGCCUCCCUCCGCAGACCCGCAUGGUUUAAUUCACUGUACAGUGGUGUUUUGUGUUCGGGUGCAACAAGGAACGAGCGCAGCUCUUCUCGUGGCGUAGUUUGCUUGUAGAAUGAUCACGCUGCCAAAUCUUUUUCUAACGCUACUGUAACGUUUCGUCUGGCCUUACCGGAUGUCCUGCCCGUGGGUGAGUGAGUGAGUGAGUGAUGAGUGCGUGUCUGCAUGAAGCACAGGGGGAGGAGGGUGAACAUUUGUAGCAUGUGUGAACGUGUGAAGAGCGAGUGGUGCGUGCUUUUCCAACCACACGUGUCUUUGUCUCUGUGUAGAGGUCCAUACAGCUCACUGACACUGCCAGUAUGUUCAAAUAAGCUGCUCAGAUGGCGUCUCGUCUGAUUGGACCCGUAGCUCUGGUCUCCCCUUCUUGUUUUAUGUGUGUGUGUGUGUGUGUUUUUAUAAGACCGGAGCUUUAAACAGAGCUUAUUCUUCUGUCAAGCGACUUGAUGGGAUCAUGGAAGCAUCAGCAUGAAUCGUAGCCCUGUAACAGACUCUGGCACAGACUGCCACCGUGUGACCAUGUUGCCUACCUAAUCUUUGCCUUUGUGUCGUAUUGUGCCGACAUGGUUUGGUUUGUUCAACGGUUUUGUUUUUUUAAGUAAAGUUUGUCUGGAAAAUCUCA